AUGGAGACCUCGACCCAACCCCAGCAAUAUCUACAACCCUCUGCCCCCGGCAACGACCGCGUAGCACCUGUGGAACUGUCGCCCAACUCGGCCAGCCCCACCGCGCCGUCCCCACCCGCCAACGACUCGCAGACAAAAGGCCGUCGGCUCCCCCGUCGCGCCCCCUGUUGCGCGGACCGUCGGGGCGUCACCGUGACGCCCCGCGAGAGCCUCCGCGAGUCGCCCGCCCUGGUGGAAUGCCAGUGGUGUCACCACGCCGGUGUCACCCGCGUCGUGCAGGAAAGCUCCGGCCAAACAGGCGUCGCGGCCUUGUUGUGCUGUAUCUUCUGCGGCUUCAUCGGCGCCGUCAUCCCCUACAUCGCCAAGUGGUCCUACAAUACCCACCACCACUGCCCCAACUGCCAGAAGGUUAUCGCCAUCCUACCGCACGAUGGCGCCCUCGAGGUGCAGCGUCCUACGCCCCAACCCCAGUCUAAUCGGGCGGGGCCGACCGGGAAAUUGGCAUGA